AUGGAGCGGGAUCUUCAUCCAAUCAUGAGAGUAGCUGCUGUCCUUGUUAUUGUCAUGGGCUUCGGUUCGUUAGUAGCAGCGACGGACUGGACGGGGAUCGCGAUGAAGCUGGAUCCGAGCAAUCAGAUUCUGUCCACGUGGGAUAGCAACUCCGACGCGUGUGCCAAUCCGCCAUUCAAAGGAGUGAAAUGUAACGCGAACAAAGAGGUGGUCGAAAUUUCGCUGCGCAGUCUCGGGCUGUCCGGCGAGGUGCCACCCGAAAUCGUUCAACUCAACAAGCUCACAUGGCUGGAUCUCGGCGAAAAUUCGCUGCACGGAAACAUUCCCGUCGACAUAGCCAACCUUCCUUCGCUGAUGGUUUUGAACCUCUGUUGCAACAAUAUCGGGGGCGUAAUUCCGGACCUCGGCCGAAUGUCGAACCUGCUCGCCAUCGACCUAAGCAACAACAUCCUCUCCGACACGAUCCCCGCAUCGCUCGGCGACUUACCGCAACUUAAGUUCCUCGAGCUGAACAAUAACCAGCUCUCGGGCGAGAUUCCCGCGUCGAUCGGCAAUUUAAAGCGUCUUAAGUCCAUCUCGCUCGCGCAUAAUCAGCUCCAAGGGCGCGUUCCGAAGGGACUUAAUUACCUCCGCGAUAGCCCCGCCAAGUAUAAUUUCUCCGAGAACGGGUAUGGCUUCUGCGGCACGGGCUUUAAGGGGCUCGACACCUGUCCCGGCGACCCGCCAUACGUCUCUAAGAAGUCCCCGCCCAAGGUGAAACCGCCAGUCAAGCCGCCCGUCGUCAAACCGCCGGUCGUCAAACCGCCGGUCGUCAAACCGCCGGUCGUCAAGCCGCCCGUCGUUAAGCCGCCCGUCGUUAAAUCGCCUCCUAAGAGCCCCAAACCAACCCCUUCCGCGCCUUCCGCCUCCCCGAGUACCCCCCCGCCAACUACCUCCCCUUCCCCUUCCCCCGCCAAGCCUUCUUCCCCGCCGUCCUCCCCCGCACCUUCCGCCAACGCCCCACCGUCCUCUCCGCCGCCCGCAGACGAUCCGCAGCCCGUGCAGCCGCUCGUUCCUCUCUCCCCACCCCCCGGUUCCGCCACCCCCUCCGCGUCCCCGCAAGCCGAUACGCUCUCCAGCGGCGCGUUGUUGGUGAUUGUUGCGGCGAUUCUGAUUUGCUACUGCUGCUGGUGGAAGCCGAAGCAGUCGCGCGCGCGCGCGGCGGCAUUUAGGGCAAUUCGCAGCGACAAGGAUCUCAACCCCCCCUCCGCCUCCAAGCGCGGAUACGGCGGAAACAAGUCCAAGGGCAAGGCGCGGAGCCCCGCCGUCGCGGAAGCCGCGGGCGGAGACGCAGACGGAGGAAGCGGGGCAGCGGCGGUCGCGGCAGGUGCGGCGGCAGGAGCGGCGACGGGAGCGGCAAUCGCGGGUUCUGGCCGCAGUUCGUCAAAAAAGAAAUCUCCUUCUAAGCGUCACUCUCCAUCAAAGCACCACCGUAUCGAUAUCGAGUCUGGUAAUAACGGGCCGAGUGGUUACCACUCGGGUUACCACACCGUUGAUGUGCCACCUGUAACGGUUGUGGAGCUCCCUCCCGAGCCUGCCGUGCGCUCGGCUCGGGAACCCGAGGCUGCAGCCUCGGCAGUGAGCGCCACAGGUGCGGCAGCCGGAGCUGCAAUCGCAGGAGCGGGAAGCAAGAGCAAAGGCAGGUCCAGCAAAUCCCAUUCCCCCUCUCCCAAGAAGGACGGCUCCCGGACCAACCCGAAUGCGGAUAAGGAGAGCGUCGGAUCGUCGCCACGUGGCGAUCAGCACGAUCCAACGGCUGCGGGUGCAUCCGUUGCCGCUGCAGCGGGCGGUGCGCUGGGCUCCCGUUCGAUUGGAGGUAGCGGCAGAAGCGGCAGCGACCGGAAGACAGGCGCUGCUGCUGCUGCUGCGGCUGCUGCUGCUGCCGCUGCUGCUACUGGCUCGGGAAGGAGCCCCCAGACCUCUCCACACAAGACUCGGCCGGAGAGUCCCCGAACCAGGAAGUCAGGCUCGGGAUCCGCCGAGCCAGCGGCUCGGGACGGAGGGAGGAAGGAGCGCAAGGAGCAUACCCCGCCGAAGACGGAGAGGGGGAAUGGUAACCAGUCGGGUAACCAGUCGGGUAGGAGCCCUGAGGCCAGCCCGUCGCCUAAGGGACAUAAGGACGGGUCCGGCAGGAGAACGAGUAACGACGCUGGCAAUGCUGCUGCUGCUGCUGCUGGUUCGUCGGUGUUCGAAGCUUCUCCGCCCGCCAUUCCCCCGUCCGUUCCGCGCAAUCGCGACAGCACCCUCCCGCGUAUGCCCUCAUGGUCGCGCACGGGGAACCGCAACUCCGCCUCCCCCGGCGGAGGCAGCCACCGGUCCUCCUCGCCGAACCGAAGCUACCACGGCACGCCGCCCAAACCUGCCGAACCUGUGCCGAUCCUGCGGGAAGAGGGAAUCCCGACAGUGGUGGAAAUCCCGUUGGAUUCUGACGAGAAUCGAAUCAAAUCUGGCGGAUUGAGCCGCCCGGUGCUCAUCCCUCCUGCGGUUCCCAUCCCUCAGUUAAAAUCCAUGCCGGCCGGAGCCGCGUCGCGGAAGAAGGGGGGGAGGAAUGGGGGCGGAGCCGGGGAGGACGACGUGUCACCCGCUCCGCCGCCGAACAACAUGCGGCGGAGUGGGUCCGGGGACGAAAGGGGGGAAGGGCGGGCGGAGGGGGGAGGCGCUGGCGCGGGGAUGGCGGUUGGCGCAACUGCUGUGACCCCAAAGUAUGGGGCCGCGGGGCGGGCGCUAAGGGUGGCGGAUUUGGAGGAGGCGGAUGACGUGGCAGGGGAGGGUGCCAGCCUGGAGCGGUUCUUCACGGUUGCUGAGCUGUCAUUAGCCACCAAUGACUUUGGCAGGCAGUCCCAGAGAAAUGUUUUGGGUACGGGCAGAGACGGCUCGGUGUACAAGGCUCGCCUGCCUGACGGGACGACGGUGGCAGUGAAGCGACUUUCCCAAAGAAACCUGGACCAAUCAGCUCGAGAAUUCAGGUUUGAAGUCGAGUCGCUAGCCCACGCUCGGCACCCGAACCUGGUGGCGCUGCUGGGGUGCUGCGCGGAGGACGACGAGCGCAUGCUGGUGUACGAGUUUGUCCCCAACGGCUCUCUUGACUCGUGGCUGCACCAGAGCGGGAACAUGGAGCCCAUUGAUUGGCCCAUGCGCAUGCACAUCGCCAUCGGCUGCGCCAGAGGUCUCUCCCACCUGCACGAGGGGCUGGACAUGAAGGUGGUGCACAGGGACGUGAAGGCCAGCAACGUGCUGCUGGACGCGCAGUGGAACCCCAAGCUGGGCGACUUCGCCAUUGCCAAGGUCAUGGGCCGCGACCAGAGCCACGCCGCUACCCGCAUUGUUGGGACAUUUGGAUAUGUGGCCCCAGAGUACAUGAACACGGGUCUUCUGACGGAACGAAGCGACGUGUACAGCUUUGGCGUGCUGCUCCUUGAGAUCAUCUCUGGAAGGAAGCCGAUUGACAAUGAAGCUCCCCCUGAUGAGAUGGAUCUGGUGAAGUGGGCCAAGAAGCUGAGCUCACAGGAGCGGCUGGUUGAGAUUGUGGACCCGCGCCUGCAAGGCAUGGUGUCUCCUGACGAUGCGGAGUACGUCCUCGGGAUUGCCAUGCGCUGCGUGGAGACCAAUGCACUCAAGCGGCCACGCAUGACCCAGAUUGUCCACAUGCUGGAAAGUGAAGAUCCAAAACAGAGGGAUGAUUGGGUGGCUCGAAGGCCUAGUCCCGUCAGUGCCAGGUCACUGACAAUCCGAGACCCAAGCCCCAGCUACGCCAAUGGCAACAUGACAGCACCUGGCCGAUCUGAAUCCAGCAGGGCGAGCCCACGGCCACUCUACUCUAACGGGAGAACAGAUUCCCUCCGUUCGCUCAGCCCACGUUGCUCACUUGCUGCGUCCAGCCCAGGUGCUCCUGAUGUGGGUGCCCUCAUUGCCAAUGCUGCCAUGCGAUCCAGCCCAAGAGCACUGAGCCCACCGCCACUGCGACCGAGCCCUGGAGCUCCCAAGGGAGCUUCGCCCAGGUUCAUGAGCCCCCGAGCAGCAAGUCCGAGGUCUGCUUCUCCAAAUGCUGAUGCGGCUAAUAUUAUUGCGAGUCAUGCAAUGAGCAUCAAUGCACAACGAAGGCCUGGGUCAUGGAGUAGGAGGUAG